CUGUGAGACAACAAGUUCUUCAAAGACUACUUUGAAGAGUGACUUAUGCACUGGAACACCCACCGCUGGACAUUGAAUAUUUGCAAUUUGUUUGUCAUCAAGAAAUGCCAUUAAUUACUGCCAUGUCAGCAAACAUUGGAAUUUCACAGGACUUAGUCAGAGGUUUAAUGAACUUGGAUUCUCUUAUUCAGCAGCACAAAGAAGCCCAGCAGGUGGCAACUGUAGUGGAGAUUGAAAGACCAGAUGGAUGUGGACGUCCAAAAAGCAUAUAUCAGAGGAGAGAUUUAUUUACUUUCUGAAGCUUGGAAUACCUCAGGAAAGCAUCAGUAAAAUUUUAGGUGUCUCUCGUACAACUCUCUAUCGCCGGAUGAGAGAAUGUAACUUGUCAGUUUCAUCCCUCUACAGUAUUUGUACAGAUGAAGAGCUUGAUUCCUUGGUGUCUCAAGUCAAGAGUACUAUGCCAAACAUAGGGUACAGGGUUGUCAGAGGAGCCCUCAUUGCCAAAGGACAUCGAGUGCAGUGGGACAGAAUAUAUGCAUCCAUGCGUCGUAUUGAUGGUCUCGGUGUUCUUUCACGAAUGUCCCAGCUUGGUUGUGUUGCCCGAUGAACUUAUUCUGUUCCAUAUCCCAAGUAUCUUUAUCAUAUAGAUACAAACCAUAAUCUCAUAAGAUACAACAUGGUUAUCUUUGGGGGUGUAGAUGGAUAUUCAAGAAAGAUCAUGUACUUGCGCAUAACAGACAACAAUCGCUCAGAAACAAUGCUUGGAUUUUUCAAAGAGGCAGUUGAAGAGUUUGGUUAUCCCCUGAGUACGAGGAGAUCAUGGCGGAGAAAAUGUAGGUGUGGCGCGGCUGAUGUUUUCAACGCGAGGAACAGAGAAUGCAAGCUUCAUUGCUGGCAAAAGAUUGAGCGCCUUUGGCGGGAUGUUCGGAUGUGUGUCACUGGACUGUAUUAUGACAUUCUACAUCGGCUUGAGGACUGUGGAUAUCUUGAAAUAAGCAACUUCACCCACCUCUUUUGCUGUCAUUAUGUUUUUUUACCGCGCAUACAAGCCAGCCUCAAUGCUUUCAGGGAUGCUUGGGAUAACCAUUCCAUGAGGACAGAGAACAACCUGACCCCAAAUCAGCUGUGGGAAGUUGGGCAGUAUCAGAAUCCAAUAAGUGACCCUGAGAUACAUUUUCAAAACUCUGCUGCAGCUGAACAAGAACGUGGAGAUGUUGAAGCUGAUCACUUUGGGGUCAAUGUGCCUGCAAUUCAAAUGUUGCAAUUGACAAAUGAGCAAAUUGAGCACCUGGUAUCACAGAUAGACCCACUACAGGAGUCUGGUUUAUUUGGAGUAGACAUAUACCUUCAAACUCUCACAUUUGUACAGAAUUUGGUUGAAGGUUAGCUUGAACAGUAUGUAUGACAUUGUAUUUUACUUAAUUUGAACAACAUUGCAAUGUGUUUAUUUAGUAUUAACUGCAUCUAAAAACAGGACAGUAACAGAUCUUUUCAGUAUGUGGAUUCAGGUUAGUGACCUUUAAAAUAGAUUUUAAGAAAUUUUUAACAUGCAAACUGUGCAAUUAAAGUAAAUGAUUUUGGAACAUCAAGAAAUUUGAAUGUUAUUUCUUCAAAGUCAAAACUAACUCCGAGUAGAACAUCAUCAGAAUCAUAUUCUGAAAGUGUUAAACCAAUCCAAAUCCAGUAGAUGCUGUGUUUGCACAAGCUUGCAAAGUAGAAGAAAACUCAUCCAUUGUUAGUAUGUCAGCAGGAAGCAUUAGCGUCCGGCUGCA